AUGGGCGUUCCGGCUUCCAUCAAGAUCAACUUACACGACCAGCAUGCUGCAGCCGUCAUUCAAUACAGAUUUGUAGCGUCUGGACUUGUCUCUGUUCUCCCACAACUCCCCGACGUGAGUGACCACAAUCCGCCAGCAGACCAGGGUGUGUCUAUAUCAGAUUGUGUGCUUCCAACAACUGUUCAACGCCCCGAGAGUGUGAAGCAAUUCAAACUUUCGGGACUCAGUCUCUGCUAUCUGUGGGAACAAAGCGGAUCUGUUGCUUUGAAAGAGGGGGAGCCGUAUGACUUUACAGUGCAUAGCAAUAACCGAGAUGUCGCUGCCUUUACGCUUCGUCCCGAGUACAGCCCAGCCUUGCACAAUGCAGACAAGAUACAUGCCUCCAUGUCCUGGAUUGCCUCUACUCGAACUAUGACUUGGGAGAAUGAGACGCUCAAUCUCAGACUGACGACUGACACCACUCAUGAUCCGUACGUGGCCAACGUCCUCGCCAUGCGUAUAGACGUCGCUCGUGCUCUGGAGGCCAUCUUCCUGAGACUUGAACAGGAUAAUGAUCCGUUCUGCGAUAGAGAGGAUGUGACUUUAGAAGAGGGUGAAGGUGGGUAG